CUGACGCACACACGUCCAGGCGCUGCAGCCAGGAGCUGGGGAGACUGCGGGCUCGGUCUGCCGCGACUGCCUGCCUUGGUAGUGGCCCGGCUGGCGGCUGGAGGUUGGACCAAAAUCCAGAUACUCAGUUGAUGUACUGUCUGGCGCCAUGGGGGAGCUUUUCCGGAGCGAGGAGAUGACACUGGCUCAGCUUUUUCUACAGUCAGAAGCUGCUUAUUGUUGCGUCAGUGAACUAGGAGAACUUGGAAAGGUUCAGUUUCGUGAUUUAAAUCCAGAUGUGAAUGUCUUCCAGCGCAAAUUUGUGAAUGAGGUUAGAAGAUGUGAAGAAAUGGAUCGAAAGCUUCGAUUUGUCGAGAAAGAGAUAAGAAAAGCUAAUAUUCCAAUCAUGGACACUGGCGAAAAUCCAGAGGUGCCCUUUCCCCGGGACAUGAUUGACUUAGAGGCCAAUUUUGAGAAAAUUGAAAAUGAACUGAAGGAAAUCAACACAAACCAGGAAGCUCUGAAGAGAAACUUCCUGGAACUGACUGAAUUAAAAUUUAUACUUCGCAAAACUCAGCAGUUUUUUGAUGAGGCUGAAUUGCAUCAUCAGCAGAUGGCGGAUCCAGACCUGUUGGAAGAGUCCUCAUCCCUCUUGGAGCCAAGUGAGCUGGGAAGAGGCACACCUUUAAGGCUGGGCUUCGUGGCUGGUGUGAUUAACCGGGAGCGCAUCCCUACUUUUGAGCGCAUGCUUUGGCGGGUGUGCCGGGGGAAUGUGUUCCUGCGACAGGCUGAAAUCGAGAACCCCCUGGAGGACCCUGUGACUGGCGACUACGUGCACAAGUCAGUGUUCAUCAUUUUCUUCCAAGGCGACCAGCUGAAAAACCGAGUCAAGAAAAUCUGCGAAGGGUUCCGGGCCUCCCUCUAUCCCUGCCCUGAGACGCCCCAGGAGAGGAAGGAAAUGGCUUCUGGAGUUAAUACCAGGAUUGAUGAUCUCCAAAUGGUUUUAAAUCAAACGGAGGACCACCGCCAGAGGGUUCUGCAGGCAGCUGCCAAGAACAUCCGCGUCUGGUUCAUCAAAGUGCGGAAGAUGAAGGCCAUCUACCACACCCUGAACCUGUGCAACAUAGAUGUGACUCAGAAGUGUCUGAUUGCAGAGGUCUGGUGCCCUGUCACUGACCUUGACUCCAUCCAGUUCGCACUUCGGAGGGGCACGGAACACAGCGGCUCCACCGUGCCGUCCAUUCUGAACAGGAUGCAGACGAACCAGACGCCCCCCACCUACAACAAAACAAACAAGUUCACGCACGGCUUUCAGAACAUCGUGGAUGCUUACGGAAUUGGAACUUACCGAGAGAUCAAUCCAGCUCCGUACACCAUCAUCACUUUCCCCUUCCUCUUCGCUGUGAUGUUUGGGGACUUGGGCCAUGGCAUUUUGAUGACCCUUUUCGCUGUAUGGAUGGUGUUAAGGGAGAGCCGGAUCCUCUCCCAGAAGAAUGAGAAUGAGAUGUUCAGCACUGUGUUCAGCGGACGGUACAUUAUUCUUUUGAUGGGCAUGUUCUCCAUCUACACUGGCCUCAUCUACAAUGACUGCUUUUCCAAGUCUCUCAAUAUCUUCGGAUCGUCCUGGAGCGUACGGCCCAUGUUUAUAUCGAAUUGGACGGAAGAGACGCUUCUGGGGAACUCUGUGCUCCAGCUGAACCCGACCGUCCCUGGAGUUUUCGGUGGACCGUACCCUUUCGGCAUUGACCCAAUUUGGAACAUCGCCAACAACAAACUGACCUUCCUCAACUCCUUUAAGAUGAAGAUGUCUGUCAUCCUCGGCAUCAUCCACAUGACGUUUGGGGUCGGCCUCAGCCUGUUCAACCAUAUCUAUUUUAGGAAGCCUCUGAAUAUCUAUUUUGGAUUUAUUCCCGAAAUAAUCUUCUUGACCUCCUUGUUUGGCUACUUGGUUAUCCUUAUUUUCUACAAGUGGACAGCCUAUGACGCCCACACAUCUGAGGCAGCACCGAGCCUUCUGAUCCAUUUCAUAAACAUGUUCCUCUUUUCCUACGAGGACAGUGAAGACUCAAUGCUAUACCCUGGACAGAAAGGGAUUCAGUGUUUUCUGGUCGUGGUCGCCUUGCUCUGUGUACCGUGGAUGCUACUGUUUAAGCCACUGAUCCUUCGUCAUCAGUAUUUGAGGAAGAAGCAUCUGGGAACUCUCAACUUUGGUGGGAUCAGGGUGGGCAACGGACCGACAGAGGAGGAUGCUGAGAUUAUUCAGCAUGACCAGCUCUCCACCCAUUCAGAAGAUGCAGAAGAGCCUGCCGAGGACGAAGCGUUCGACUUCGGAGACACCAUGGUCCACCAGGCCAUCCACACCAUCGAGUUCUGCCUGGGCUGCAUCUCCAACACCGCCUCCUACCUGCGGCUCUGGGCACUCAGCCUCGCUCAUGCACAGCUGUCUGAGGUGCUCUGGACCAUGGUGAUCCACAUCGGCCUGAACAUGGAGAGCCUGGCAGGGAGUCUGGCGCUGUUCUUCAUCUUCGCCGCCUUUGCCACGCUGACCGUGGCCAUCCUCCUGAUCAUGGAGGGCCUCUCCGCCUUCCUCCACGCGCUGCGGCUGCACUGGGUCGAGUUCCAGAAUAAAUUCUACAGCGGGAACGGAUUCAAGUUCCUACCCUUCUCCUUCGAGCACAUUCUGGAAGGGAAGCUUGACGAGUGAGCCCCUCGUGGGGCUGUGUGCCUGCUGCCCUCCCCCACUCCCUCCGUGGUGAUUAGCUGUGUCUCCUCUUGCGUGUUGGUUGUGAUCCCUGGAUUUCGGGGCAUUUGAGUCAUCCUUGCCACCCACCCCCAGCCACCUGUGGGUCAUUUAGAUAGACCCAGCCCUCCCCCGGGUCCCCUGCCGCCUCAGCUUGGUGUGUUGACGUGCAGUGAUUUUCUAGAGAAGCUGGGCUCUGGCUGUCGCACUCCUGGGCACCACCAGCCUUGCCCCCCACCCCUCCCCACCCCUCAUUCCUCAUCCAGCCAAAGGCAGCUCCUCUCUGCCCCCUGGUGGUGCAUUUACACAUGAGCUUGAAGCCCAUGGGGGGAGGGCCUUCCCCACCCUCACCCAGACUCGGAGCUUCUGUUCCGGCCGUUCUAGUUCUGGCUGCAGUGGGGGUGCCACUGGGGUGCUGGCGCGGGUCCCAGAGGAUGGUGCUUCUGUCCUCCAUCUCCCAGCUCCAGUCUUCAGAGCACUUGGUAAUCAGGAAUUCGGCUGGAGUGAUGGACCCCACUGUGCCAUCAUGCAUGGCUUCUCUUGUCACCCCCAAAGGUCCCAGGGAACCCAACACCACCUUCCUAAUCCCCAUUCUAUACUCAUACCCACUCCUCCUUCCUCCCAGAAUCCCCUUCUUUCCCUUCCCCAUUUGCACCCUGCCUAAUAGCACAGCUGGGAGUGACCCAAAACCAGGGUCCUGGGGAGCUGCUGCUCAGGUCCUGGGUGGGCCCUGCCACAGCACACCCUCUGGGCAGAGGGUUUAAAUGGACCCUCUUCCUGGUGCAGACCCUGAGGCUGUUCCCCACCCCCAAAUCAUGAGUCUCGAGUGAAGAGCUAGUCCACAGGGGCGGUUCUCUGCCAGGCCAGCCUUGCUCUGCCCACUGGUGCCCUUGCCCAUUUCCACAGGGAGCCCCGAGUUGCAGGAGUGAGGUCCUGGGCAGGGAAGGUCACUGUCAUUUGCAGUUUUCUGACUGGAGGCUGUGAGAGCUGCACGGCCCUGCCUGUGAGCUGGUGGUGAGCACCCCCAAGGGGCCGGCUCCCCUGUCACCCCCACACCGGCUGUGGGUCUUGGGGCCUUUUAAGCACUCGGCAGCCCUGGCUGCGUCAGCUAAAUGGAUCCAGUCCCUUUCAGCGCUGAGAUAACCCCCGAGCCAGCCAGGCCCUGUCCUCUUCCCACCCUGACUUGCCUGGGUGAGCUCCUUCAAGCCGCUCACUCAGCUCCCCAGGGCGGGCCUGGCCCUGGCUGCAGCACCCACCCCAGGUGCCCUGUGCUGGCCAGUGCGACCUGCCCGGACCUUGUGUGGAGGCCUACCCCCCGUGCCCCCUGCGGUUUACGUGAUGAUCUUUGUUCUGUUUACAGUGAGGCUUGAAGCCAAGUUCUGUGUCAGGAACCUGGCCCAAGGCCCCCCUGUUGAAACAUUCCUGUGCUGAAUAAAGUGUGUUUGACCCCGA